AUGCAGCUGAACCGUCACUAUCUCGCACCCGCAGACUCUGGAACCACUGCUAUCGCGCCUGAUGCAGGUGUCUCAAGCGCUGGUGCACCAACAGCACAGACAGCAGCAGCAGCUGCUGCUGCUGCUGCCUGCAGGGCUGCCAUUGCGCUAUCGCAGCAGUCCUGCGUUCCGCAUGUGUCUCAGCAGGUGCCGCCAACAACAGUUAUCCCGAGUAUCCUGACAAACAGGUCAGCUGCAGCGGCAACUGCACCGGGAGACCACGUCGCUUGGAUUCAGAUUGGCACAGCGCAGCAGCAGCAAUCGAAGGAGCCGCAGGCUCCGCCAACAAUGCACACCCACGUGCUUAUUCACACCUUUGUGCCUGGAGAAGCAGACGUUGCCGCUGCUAUCCGGCAGGUCAUAGCCUCAGCGGGGGGAUGUGUGGCCUUGGAUACCUUGCAGGCACAGCAGCCUUCAAUCCACCAACAGCCUGACAAUUUCCUUUCGGAGGCUCCUAUGAGCUCUGCGUCUCAGCAGGUCACCCCAGCAGCAGUGCAAGCCACAGCCAGUGCCCUCGUUACUGCCACGGCACUCCCUUGCAGCGCCAGCAGAAACUUGCACGAUUCUCAAGCGAGCGCGUCGCACAACCCCCUUAUGGGUUUGAGGCCCAUGAGCACUGUUGGCCACUACCCACUCGCGCUAAACAGGGACCCUAUGCCCAGUACAACGGAUACAGCGCCUGGAGCAUCGGCAAGAGCGUCCCUAAUGCCUCGCAGGCUUUCAUGGCCAUCGAGCUCGUGGAAGGCAGACCCAAGUACAUUCCAAGGUGCCACGGGUUGCCAUUCUGGAGAGACACCUCAUCUUCGUUUUGCAUCUCAUCCGUUGCUGCUGCCUCAAGCGUCCACAACACAGACAGCCGCAGGAGAGGAGCUCGCUCAUGCAGUGCCUACAGAAGCGAACCAAGCCACAACGCAGGCUACUGCAGCGUUUGGCCUUGACCCCUUCCCAACGGCCCGCCAUGAGUUUGCGCAUCCAAAGUACAAGAGCAUGGGUAGCGACAACAUGCCCAGAUCAACUGGUACUCCUUCUCCGUCUGCAAGCACGCAUCAGCCACUGCGGCCUUUGCAUUCGACGGGGGAGGCGUCGCGCUUGUGGUCCCCUGCCCUCACACCUGCGGCAGCUACCCCUCCCACGGCAAAAGGUUUGCAUGCAUACCCGCCGUUUCUCCCUGCGGCUGCGGCCGCUACUGCUGGACUAGAUGGCGCAAAGCCCAGCAGUUCCGCCUGGCCAGCAACAACACCCUCCUCAAUAAAGGAACCAGGGGAGCGCCUCAGAUGGCGCUCUUUGUCGGAUCCUUCACCUGCGGCAGCAGCCGCAGCAGCACGAGCAGCAGCAGGGGCAGCAGCAGUCGAAGCAGCAGGCGGUGCUGAAACCUCCUCUCCCUUUGCUGGUAGCGCCUCAGCGGCUGUGGGGAGACUGAGCCGUGCAAUCAGCAGCCGGGCUUCCCUCUUUUCUCCGCCUUCUAUGGCGCUGAGACACACAGCCACGUCUUGGGCUUUCCCUCAAAGGAAUGUCUUGAGACGCAACAGCUACCCCGCCUCCCCGGCUCUGUGUGCUAUGCGGCAGCAUGCGGCUGUCGCUAGCGAUGGCGCGAUAAAAGCAGCAGCAGCAGCAGCACGGGCUCGCGCUGCUGCUGCGGUAGUCGCUAAAGCGAGGAGCCUUGCAGCAGAAUCCGCCUUACGGAGUCCAGCGCUCUCUUGCGCCAGCAACACCCUACCCGAUACACAAGGAACCCCUUCGGCCGUACACGACUCCGCAGUACCUCUCUUACUGCCUUCCAGACAACAAUCGCUGCCGUGUUCACCACAGCAGCAAGCCGAAUCGCACGGCAUUUUUAGUUCAAUGUCACCAACGCUUCAGAAAAAUGUGGGACUCCUGCAAAAGCAGGCAGCUUCAUCUAGCAAGCUGUCAACGGUACCGCAGCCUGGCACCGGCUUACUAGAUAGGCGGCAAAUCGGAUCCAGCGCAAUUUCGCCUCCCUUGUUUGUCUCUAGGAUGCCCCAUGAAGCAAGUCAAGGUUCCCUGGAGCCUCUGGGGACAGGACAAGAACAGCUGGCCUCUCCCGUACUACAGCCUAUGCUACCUUCUUUGCUGCAGCCUCGACAGCAGCAGCCCUCCAAUCCAACAAGUUCCCUACAGCGCCCGGGUGCACAAUCCUGUGCCUCUGCUGACCAUCCACUGCUACCGACGGCAAGUCCCCCUUUUAUACAACAGCCAGUGCCAAUGCAGCAAGAUACAGGCCAGCACCAGCCAACAGACAGCUCCGUUCGAUCUCACAUGAGCAGCGUAAGACUAUCGCCUGCUCCACAAGGGCCUCCUGAGCCAAUUAGCGGCGCUGCCCUGCGACUGCCACCGCUGCAGACAACCGACUCUGGGACAGUUGCUCGCCAUCCCCAACAAGACAGCCUCAUUACCUUUGCCGCAGAGACAGCGCCACUAGAUGCGAGUCAGCAAGAGCUCCAGCGGCAGCUGCAGCUGCGCCGCGACCAGCCUAGCGUCAGCCCCAUCCUCCGCCAAUCCACUUCCUCUCCCUAUAGAGCUGCUGCAGAACGCGCAGCCGCAGCUGCAGCCCGAGCAGUUACUGCUGCAAACAAUGCUACAGCUGCAUGUGCCAAAUUGCAAGACCUUCAGCGCCAUCAGCUGGGGGGCGCCGGCUGGACGGCAACGGCAACACAUGUACUACCUACACCUGCAGAGACAAGUGCAUCUGCAGCUCACACCGGCAGCGCACGCCGCACGGCACUAGCUGAGGCCACAGAGAGUGCAUCCCCUAAUGUCGCUAGGAUGGUAAAAAGCAACUCGUUAACCCCCGCAGUGAGCGGGGAAAUGCCUGCCGAAGGGCAGGAUCAGAAGACACAAUCCCAAUUACGCCAGCAAAACCAUCCGCAGCAGCACCUGCAACUGCAGCUCCGCGAGAGACAGCUGCUACAGGAGCAGCACCAACUUCGUCAGAAGCGCCUUGAAUUGGAAAGGCAGUUGACGAAGGAGUUGCACAAGGAUGGCAGUACGUCAUCGGUUCGGCAUAAGCUCGGACACAGCACCACAUCUAGGCUACUGCAUCAACAGUGCAGCCCUCAACACACACUGACACAAAGCCCUGUUCUCUCGUCCACACGCGUAUUUCGCGGAGGCACACCGGUCAAGAGCAACACGCUGCCGCGACUUAACAGCCUUCAGUGGCGAAGGCCGAGGCGGCAGCUGACUUAUGCCUCAAACAGUUCGCCUUCAUUCCCUCUUCACACGCCAGCUGUAAGCACAUGGGCAGGCAGGGAACCGUCAGAGCCUCUCACCGAAAGGUCAGCAAGAGCGACUCCGGCAAACAAAACAGGAGCUGCGAUCACUGUGCCCCUACAUGCGCGCAUAUACUCUCCUGCCAGCAGCCCGUCAAGGUUUGGGGGGUUCAGAACACCAGCCUACUCUCCUAUAGAUGCUAUAUCUCCUUUCAACCUGAGAACCAGCCAGAUAUCCCAGAACAAGCAGCAGCGCAUGAUGCAGAGUCCAAAGCAACACCAGUACGCUUUCAGGUCCCUUCCGUCUGGGGACUCCAUUCUUCGGGAUAUUUCCAUCUCGGCAACCCCCUUAUCGGCAGUCUCGCCGCUCUGGCGAUACCCCAGCACACAACAGAACAACACUUUCGUGAGGCUGCAGAGCCAAAAUAGCACAGCGCCACAGCAGCAACUGCAGCACAUGCGCGAAAGUCAGUUGCACGGCUUCCAAAAAGAAUAUUCCAACAAAAUUCCAGUGUCAUCAGGAAGGCUUCAACGAAGUCCCCUCGUGACGGCACCUUCCAACAACGCAUCCUGUCAGGGCCCAACAGCUCCGCCUCUGCGCCGUUAUUUGAGUGCCCCCCUCGCAAGUGCGGCUUCGCAGGGGACUCUGCAGCGCUCAGCUUCCACUGGACGCUUUUCUUCGCAGCAUAUGUUAGGCACAGAAGCCACAAAGCCACAGGCCUACCGCAGAGCGCACUCUACUGCGUCGAUGAAUUCGACGCUGCAGCAUGCGCUUUCUAGAGCUCUACUUCCGGGGUGGCUGGAGGAUGUAAAUGCCAACGAUUCUGCGGCUGCUUCAUCUGCUCUAAGGCAGGCGGAACGUGCAGCCGCUGCAGCAGCUAAUGCAGCAAAGAGAGCUGCGCUAGCGGCAGACGCCGCUGGUCCCUCGCCUGCAGCAAAUUCUGCCAGACAGAGGGCAGCCCGUGCCGCAGCCGCGGCGCAUGCAGCGCUGCUCGCUGCACGAAGUCGGGCUGCCAGUAUUCGCCGUUCAUCCACCAGCCCAAAUGUUCAGCUGCAAACCUCUACGCACACUGACCACCACCAGCGCGAAAUGAGUCUCUUCGAGAAGCAGCAGCUUCAGCAAGGCAGCGGGAGGCGUGCGUCAAUCAACGGAUCCAACUCCCCGGUGGGGGCAUGGCUGCUAGGCGGCAUGGGCACUCCCGGACGAGCAGCAGAAGGACUUACGCAAAAUAACGAAACUCCUCAUGCAACGGCCUUCCCCGCGGCUGGCGUAGGUACGGAAACAAUGCAAACUCGUUCUGAUUCUGCUGCUUGCCUCGAACGCUUUCCGACGCAGUACUACACAAUCGGGUUGCCACGAAUAGCGCAGGAGCAGCAGCACGGAACAAGAGGAUACGUCUGUUUCCCACGUAGCAGUAAUCGCAUACUUGACUUGUGUUCAGAACGUAGCCACGAAAACAUGGAGAGGCUCCACGGCGAUGACAAGUAUCCACUGCAGUUUGCAGCAGCAAAAGGACUCGCAAACGACGUCUUAGACAGCCAUACACCCCGCCAUUCCCUGAAGACGGCAGCCCCUGUGCAGCUACAACAUCCCCGUUCAAAUAGUGUUUCUCCAAAAUCAUUACACCGCAUCACAAGCAGCUACACAACACCACUGUCGGGCACGCAUUGGCCGCACCUGAAUGCUGUGCAUCUGCAAGAGCCGCUUCAGCUGGUACAGAAAGAGCAGCAGCACCUGCAGGAGCACCACCCCGAAUCGCCAAGCGCUCAACAGCGAAAAGAACAAGAGCUGCUGCAGCUUCUGGAGGCGCGAAUCCCAUUGGCAUCAAGACAGGCAUCCCGUGCCUUAGCAGACGGAAGUGCAGAACAGUGGAGACAAGUUUCCACUUCUAGUGGGGUGCCCUUGAAGGAUGUAAAGCAAGCAGCUGACCUACUACGUCAAAUGCCCAGCACUGCUUCUGCCACGGUAUCUCCUGCGUCUGUCCCCCCACUGCGGAAGUCAAAAAACGGCGCUGCCGCUGCCGCUGGCGUCGCAGCUGCUGCUGACCACGCAGCAGCACAUGCCAGUAGCAGCGGCGGCGAACAUACCCGAGAGACCCUUGACUCUUUUUUUUCAGGUAUAGACAACUCGGAGCAAGCCGUCAACAUAUCGCACACACUCAGCAAUGGCUUUGGGGGUGUCGAGUUUGGGCAGCAAUCUCAGCGGGAAGAACAACAUCUGCAGAACCACCUCCUUCGUGCAGCAGUAGGCUGGACUCGUGCGGAGAGUACUGAUGACCCCAGAGACAUGUCUCGAGAGAAGGGGGAGCAAACACAAAAUAGCAUAAGUCGACAGCUAAGUUCUGAGAGGGCUUCCUGCAUAAUCGGAGGGGUCUCAACCGUGGAGCGGGAGGAAGGCAGCAACAGAAGCUGCUUCUCGUUCGACGUAAAACGGCACAGAAUAGCGCAGUCACCCCGGCCGUCUGCUGCUAUGACAGACUUAUACAGUGCGUCCCCUACAAAUUCCAAAAAGCCAGCAGCAAUACAGAGCAAGACCAUCACAUCUCUCGGAGUCCCUUCCUCCCUCCGUGUGCCAGCUCUCCCCUUUACUUGGAAAACCUGUCGUAAUUUGUUGCGGCAGCUGCAGCAGCCAGCGGACACCUUCACCAUUGACGGCGAGCUAUACCGACAUUGGCAGCUCUCUCACGUCCCCACAAUUGGGCGCAUGUACCGUGGUCGGCUCAAGUCUGGACGAGGAGUCUUCGUUAAGCAGGUUCCGGCCAGUGUAUGGAGACAGCAGUGGAGGCAGCAACAGAGAUUCCAGGGGCAGUUCCUCUGCGACGGGGAAAACUAUGUGGGAGAGGCCGCUGCCUCUGCCUUCUUAACAGAGUACCACCCGUACUGCGCUGCGCCUCUCUUGGCAGUCCUUACAGACAGCGGCUCCCUGGAAGACGAGGAGCAAGCCACCCAGUCGCGGCCAGAAAUUUCUGAGGCAAAAGGUGUCCUAAAUAGUGGGGUGCAGCGCACACACCAGCCUCCACCGCCGCACAUAAAUAGCAGCAGCAAGGGACGUCAACGCACAGAAAGGGUCGUGCUGGUGUUCCAGCUGUUCGGACAGUCGGAUUUACUCGACUUUGUGGAGGCUAACAAACCCAUGGCACCCUGGUUUAAAAGAAAGCUGCAGCUGUCUCUGGUGCUGCUCCUCCACGCAUUGCACUCCGCUGGACUUGCUCACCUCGACCUUACCCCAGAAAACAUUCUUGUUCACUCCAUGGUUGCUGGGUGCGUAGACAGAUACAUCAGUGCAAAUGGUAGCAGCGGCAAAGGAGUCCCCGAAGGCUUUCCUCUGCAGCUCCGGCUGUGCGACUUUGCUAAAGCAACACCCCUGUUUAAUUGGUCGAACCUCCAGCUUCCGGCAUCUCUCUUGACUCGCUACCCUUCACAAGCUAGGUGGCCCAUAAUUCGCGACAGAGUGAUGUUACCACCAACAUCAACGAAACCAGCAGCAGACGCUCCACCCUUCAUUAGCUGCGAGCCAACAAUUGGCAAGGGCCCUUACAUGCCGCCAGAGGCCUGGAAAGCGCUUCAUGUCUUGCGAUCUCUCGGAAUAACUUCACCCUUCGCGCAGAUAAAAGAAGCUCUCCUUCUUACAGGAAGACCCCCGCCGCCACUCUACGUGCGGGAAGGAGCUUUUGCGUUAGGGGCCUCCUCCGGCGCGGAGGCCCCUCGGAAAGGAGGUGUCGACGUGUCCCUUGUUUUCUUUGAUGUUAGGAAAGCCGACAUUUAUAUGCUGGGUGUACUACUGUUUUCUUUGUGGGCGGAUGGAGCGGUAUGGAGAGCGUCGGAUGUGCAGCAAGACGAACAAUACGCUAGUCUGGUAAAAGGAAACUACUGUUUCUCUGCUUUUCCAGAAUGUGCGGACUGGCCUGCACCCCUUCUAGAUCUCAUUCGCGGUUGCAUACAGGAAGACCCUGAUAGACGGCUACUGCUGGAUCAGGUGCUGCAGCAUUCAUGGUGGAGCGCUCCCCUCAAUUCCUGA